UGCCUAGCAACGGUACACAACUACGGGGCAAACAGCUGAGUUGUGUACAUCAGUUUGUGUUCUGUCUUGGUUUCAUUCAGUUCACAAGCAGGGCUCGGUCUCUUUACAUCCACUUUUAGACGUUUUCCGAGGACCACAACAACUUUGCCAUGGCUCUGCCGUUUCUGCCAGGGAAUUCCUUCAACCCAAACUUGGGUAAAACCAAGUUCCACAAGUCGCAGUUGUUUGACUACCGUAACGACAUCUCCACGAUGGUUGGCGAGCACAAGUCCGGUAUCGGCGGCGCGCCUCUUCCCGGACAGAAGCUGAAGCCACGACACAGCGCUUUCCCCAGCGGAGAGGGCAGCGACAAGCCCGCAUGGCUCGCCUUCGACAGACAGGUGCUGAGUUUCGACGCGUACUUCCAGGAGGCAGUGAAUGAGAAGCGAGAAGAACAGUUCCGAGUGAGGAAGUGUAAAGUCUACUUCUACCUGGAGGAUGACUCCAUACAGGUCAACGAACCACAGGUCAAAAACAGCGGCAUCCCACAAGGUACCCUGAUCCGUCGGCACCGCAUCCCCCUCCCCCCUCCCAAUGAGGACGAGUAUUACACCGUUGAGCACUUCAACGUUGGGAAGGAGAUCACGCUCUACGGGCGCACCUUCAAACUCACCAACUGUAACCAGUUUACAGCAAACUUCCUACGCAAACUGGGAGUACAGGUGAAUCUGCCAGAGGGCACGCCGACCGACCCGUACUCUAACUACCGUAAGCAGCUGGAUGACAGCAUGCAGCCACUGCGCCCCUACGAGCGCUACGACACGCUCAAACAGUUCCUGGACAAUGACGGAAAGGUGCUGCGUUUCUACUGUUACUGGGACGACUCCGAUGCGAUGUUCGGAGACUCCCGUGAGAUGGUCAUGCACUACUUCCUCGCAGACGACACCAUCGAGAUCCGGGAGAAAAUCACGCCCAACUCCGGACGGGACGCUGCGCCCAAGUUCCUCAACAGAGCUCGGCUGCCCAAGAAUGCCCCGACCCCUCUAAACCAGCCUGGUGAGAAAACAGACCGUACCGUGCUGAACGUUUUUGGACCAACAGGACACGGAGGGCGCUACAUCCUGGAUAGUCUCAAGACGGGAGCAGUUCACCUUGACUUCUACCACGAUGGAGACCUGACGAUCGGGAGUGUGAUUAACGUGUGGGGCCGUAAGAUGGUCAUCUGUGACUGUGAUGAGUUCACUCGCGAGUACUACCGCUCCAAAUACGGCAUCACUGAAUUUGGGCCGAUGGCGUACAAGGCGCCUGCACCAGGCCGCCCUGGCCGCGUGGUUCCGCCAUACAACGGUUUUGGCUCGGAGGAGGACUCUCUCUGCUCCUGCGCUGGCCUCAUCCCCAAACCUCCCCGCAGGGACUUCAUCAAGUUUAUGGAGAAGGACAGACAUGGCUUGGAGAGUAACGUGCUCCGGUUCAUGGCCCGUAUGGACACCACCAAGCCCAUCGACGCCGACCGUCGCUUCAUUAUCUCCUACUUCCUUUCCGACGACACUCUGCUGGUCUUUGAGCCUCCAGUCAGGAACUCUGGUGUGAUCGGUGGAAAGUUCCUUGAGCGUGGCCGCGUGAAGAAGCCCGGCCAGGAGCUGUACAAGUCCGAGCCCUCGGCGUACUACCUGGCACAGGACCUGUUCGUUGGUGCGAAGGUGCAGUUCAACAACCACAUCUUUGUGCUGAUCGACGCUGACGAGUACGCCUUCAGGUACAUGGAGAAACACAGCCCUGAGUUCCCAGUGGCACAUGUGCACAACAUCCUGGGCAAGCUGAAGGACCAGGCCCUGAAGAACACGGACGAGAUCAAACAGUUCUUCCUCAGGAAUGAUCCCAACAGCACCGGACAGAUCCCAUACGAAGUCUUCAGGAAUCUGCUGACUCAGGUUUGCGGGAACAAGCUUGUCGAGCAUGAGAUCAUGACUCUCGGCCGGUACUUCAGCGAGCGUCAGGACGAACAGGUGAACAUGAACGUUCUACUGGGCGUGGCACAGGAGCAGCUCCGCAAGCACAACUUCGAGAACUUCACACGCCUCAAACAACUCAUGAUGCACCACGAUACAAGCAGGACUGGAAACAUCACAAGGAAGAAGGUGAGGAUGGUGUCCAAGGCCUUCCACGUUCCCGUCUCUGAUGAUCUGCUGAGAGCAAUCCUGGAGAAGCUUGCUGGUACAGAUGACACACCCAUGAACUACCAGGAGUUCGUGGAUCUGUUGAACUGGAGAGAGAACCCAGUGGAACCGCUACACUACACAGCCGCACCCACCACGCUUGACAAGUGGGUUGGAGCUGAGAGCAGAGACAAUGUGAUGAUGGUCCAGUACACACCACUGAUGGGGGAAAUAUUCGGCGCAAACAUGAGCGACUCUUAACUCCUCAUACUGUUUAGCCAUACCCCAGCAGUUCUCAAAAUAUAUAUGGUAAAAAUAGGGGGAAUGAGAGAGAGAAAAUAAAGAAGAAAGUACACGUCGGAAGAGUUAGACUGUAUAAAUGUGCUGCCACUUAUAAUGUACAGUUCAGAAAGUUUCAGUAUUGGUCUUACAUUUGUAACAUCGUAACAAGUUGUAGCAUUGUCAGAGAAAGGGGAAAAUGUGUUACAAAAUUGUUCUGGCCAAAAGAGGGUCUUGCUCAAUGCUUGUUGGUGAAAUUUUAACCAUUUAUUGUGCCUUAUAACUUGGAAGCUGAAGCAAACACUGUACAUUUGCACACUCUACAGUCAGACAAUAUUGUAGUAACAUGAAUUCUGAACUUGUAUAGAACAAAAUGUGUUAGAUUAAAACAGAAACUUACUUAUACCCCAGAUUGUGCCUUAUCCAAGUCAAGAGUAUGGAAUACUUAGUAAGAGAAGUUAUUCCAUGUGUAACUUGUUUAUAGAAUGGUGGUUAUGGUUUUAUGAAUUCAAAACAUUUCGUCCAUGUAUAUAGAGAUUCCUUAUGACUAAAAAGUCUCAAGAGCAACUAAGGAAUUACUUCAAUAGAUUUUGCACCAAAAAUUGCUGUAAUUCUAACAGUUCACGUCAGAUGGAAUGCCUUGUGCCACUUUUUAUUAAUGUUGUGUCUUAUUGUAUGUACAAACACAUUUAUAAGGAUGCCACGUCACUUCUUGUUAAGAGAAAAGACACCUAUAGAAAUAAAAACAUGGUUUGAGUUUUUAAAA